AUGACCGUAAUCGUAAAAGUCAAAUUAUUGUAAUUGAUCUUACGACAUUUUAUUUUUUGUGAAUAACUAUAAAUAAUUAGGGUAAAAGCGAACAAGUAUUCUGCCGCUAUGUACAACGUUGGGCAAAGGAUUAUUUACGUCGCCGAUUGGAUUGGACAGUAGACGAAGAAGGUGGAAAUCCUUCUUCACCUCGUCACUUAGCAUCGGCUUUAUGUCCAUGUCAAUAUAUAGAAGAAUGGUUACGCAAUAAGCCUCAUGUUCAAGGCAGAGAUUUUUGUCCUAGUUGGAGUAGUUUUCUUAAAGACAGAGGCAUUUAAAAUCGUUCAACAAAAACUAAAAACAGUAUUGAAAACAUUCAAAGCAAUUUUGAUAGAUUUAAUAAGUUUUAUUUUUAAACUUAUUGAAAAAUUAUUCUGAUAGUAGGAUUUUUUAGACAUCUACAUAAAAAAAGAGAUAUUUUAAAAAUCAAAGAAUUCAAAUAGAUUUAUAGCUGUAUUAAAACUGGAUAAAUAAUCAAAAUUUAUAUUAAUGAAAACUAGUAAAAGUAAAUUAUAUAAAAUAUGAAAAUUACUUAUAAUUAUGUACUUAACUAUACAAGAUUUUCAUUUAUAACCUUAUUAAUAUAUGAAAUAUUUUUUUAGCAUUAUUUUUUGGUGAUUUGGAUUAUUAAUGAUAUAUACUUAAUAUUGUUUUUUUUCUUAUAUUUUUUGUUGACUAAUAUGAUAUUAAACAUUCAUUAUUAAAUUCCAUAUUUGUGUAAAACUUGUGUAAAUUACACAUAUAUGUAUUAUUACAAACUUUAUUUUCAUACUGUUAAGGCCAAGGAUGGAUGUAAGGGACGCGUUUCUUUGGCUUUGGCUUUACAGUCACUGUCAAUAAAUGUAUAAACAUGAUGUGAAGGACAUAUUCCUGGACAGUAUCGUUAGGCCCAUAAAAUAAUUGCAAAUAUUCUACCUUGCCCAAUGAUGCUUAUUAGCUAAAAAUGACUUACCCUUCCAAUCACGAUUAUUAUGUUGAUUUUUGGCUAAAAGGUCAAGAUCAGUCCCAUAGAGUAAUAUUCGCAAUUACUUUAUAGGCCUGACGGUACUGUCUAGGGAUGCGUCCCACACAUUAUGUUUAUACAUUUAUUGGCUUUGGACAGAGGACAUCCUUGGCUCUAACACAUACAAUUGUACAUAGUAUUUAAAUUAAAAUAAUUCAGAAUUGCAAGCUUGAUAUAUGUAAGAAACAUGUAAAAUGGUUAAUGGUAAAAAGUUUCUUAAAACAAUACAUUCUGUUAUGCAUUUAAUUUGAUAAUGCAUCUUUUAUGUAUGAUAGAUUUUUUUAAGUUCAUGAAUGAGCUGAUUUUGAUAUAUAGAAAGACGGAUUUAUUUUAUCACUAUUACUUCGGCUCUAGGUUUCUGAUGAUGGUAUGUGUUGACAGGAACGGGCGGAGUUGCUGUUGCUGAGGUAUGCAUCUCGAUGGGCACAUCACUUUGUGCGCCGCAGACUUGAUCUGGUUAUAGACUCACAGGAACGUAAUAGAGACAUCGCAGGUUUAUCUGUUCCACCACGACAUUGUGUCUCCGCCCGUUGUCCUUGUCAAUUCAUUGAGGACCAUCUUAAAUACAAGCCUAGAGGCAAGUUAAUAUUUCGUACGUUUUUCUUGAUGCCGAACUUUAGUGGUAAAUAGCUACAAUUGAUCAUUUUAUAAUGAUGUAAUCACAACUUGAUACUUUUUAUUUUAUAUAUAUGAAAAAACUUAUGUUCCAUUGUGUAAAAAAAACAACAAAUUGAAAUUAAUUAGUAUUAUAAACUUAAAUAAAGCAAGUAGUUACUAUCACUAGUAACAAUUAUAUGUAUAUAUAUAAAAUUUGAGUUUCUAUAAUAUUAUAUUUCUUUUAAUAAUAUGAGAUUAUUAAAAAUUUUUAUUUCAUGUUAUAUUCUUGUUUAAUAUUCUAUCUUCAAUGUAUUAUUCAUGUAAUGAAAAUUCAUAUAUUUUAUAUAUGACAUCAAAAUUUUUAAGUUAUUUGUUUCAUUUUGUUUUAUUUUUAACUAAUCCAAAUAACAUUCACCAUUUUACAAAAUACAGGGACACAUUAUAUUAAGCACAAAAAAGUGAUGAAAGAUUGUUAAUACUUAAAAAAAAAAUUAUAAUCAUUCCAUUAUUGUUACAUUAUUUUUUAUAAAUCAAAUUAUUUUAAAAUUCUUAAAACAUUUAAUACACGCUUUUAUAAUUAUAAUAAAUUUUAUAGAGAAAUUAUAUAUAUUAUAUAUGUGAUUUUACAUAAAUUUUCAUAUAGUAAUAUUGGAAAAUUAUGUAUAAUUAUACAUGAUUAAGAGGAAUUUGAAUCAUAAAACUGGAUAUUUCUUAUUUUAUAAAAAAAGAGAUAAGUUUAGUAAUCAUUUUAAGUUAAGAAACUUUACUCAUUUGCAAAAAUGAUAUUAAAACAGUUUAAAAUAAUUUAUGAUAAUUGCGAAUAAUUGAUCAUUAUAAAUGUUGUAAAAAAUACAAUGAACUUAUAUAUUUCUGAAUUCCGUCCUAAUUGAACAUAUCGACGCAUUAUGUAAAGAAUAUGAUUAAUAUAUUGUAUACUUUUAUAUUCCGUUUAAAAAAAUACUUAAUAUCUAUAAACGAACAGAGCUGUUCUACUUUUAUAUAACAAAUGUAAAGCACUUUUAUAUAUAUUAUUGUUACAGAUGUUAUGAAUAAAGAUAAACACAUAAUAUAUAUGUUUUUUUUGGUGGAGGUAAAAUUGUAAAAAACCUUGUCAUUAAAGUAAAUUAAUUACUUCCUGCAAGUCUUUUGCUUAGUCUUAACUGUCUAGAUAUACCUUACAUGUAUGAAUAUUUUUCUAAAACAUAGGUAUUUGUCACUAACCAUUGACUAAUCCAGGGAUGUUACUUGCAUGCAGCUGGACAAAAGGCAAUACAUUUUGAUAUUUCAUUUGAACCACAUUUUGUGAGCACAUGAAAAUCAUUCAUUAAAUAAUAUAGCUGGUAUCCACCUGGCUUUACAUGGUGUGCUUAUCUUAAUGAUCCAUUAGUUAGAUAUGAUAUUACAACAGGUAUAUCUAAUUAACAAUGUCAAUCAGUGAAUUAAUGCACAACAGUAUUCGUAAAGGCAUUUGUGAAGAAGUAGUCAUAUUAAUAUCUAUUAUUCUAUUUUUUGAAUAACUGUUAGUAUAUUUGAAACAUAAGCACAACAAAGUUCAUAUCGUAGUAGUCUUGAAAAUCAAUCACAAAAAGUAUUCUUAUACCUCGAUCAUUCCAAAUAAUGGGAAAAUAAAAAACAAAACAUUAGAAUUGUUUUAUAUUCUGAAAUACAUGUUCAAAUAUUUACAAAGUAUACAUGUCACAAACUAAUUAAAUGGAAUUUAAUUAAUGAUAUUUAAUAUUAUAACUGUAGUGCCUUUUAACUGCCUAUGACUAUUACAAUGGCCUUAUCAUAUAAAAUAUGUAAAGAUUAAGAUAUAAUUAAGAUUAAAUUAAAAAGACGUAUUAAUUGUAUUCAUAAAAUUAUUCAUACAGCAUAUUAUACACACAUAGAUAUAGAAAUAAUAUAAAAGAAUUAUACGUAAU